CCAGUCUUCGUUUCGAUUGGUUUGGUCCUUUCGAUUCCUACGUAUGCUAGUUUUAUUAUUAUUCACUUUAGGAUACUAGUUUUAUUAUUAUUCACCAAAUACUAAGGUUUCUGCUUCAGUGGACCCAAAACCAUCGGCAGUGACAGAGAUGGAAAGGAAUUCAAUCUCAUUAUCAAUUUUAAUACCAUCAUGGUUUACACCCAAAAGUGUGGCAAGAUUAACCUUGCUCGCCAAGUGUUUGAUGAAAUGCCUGAAAAAAAUGUCGUUUCUUGGUCAGCCAUGAUCUCUGGUUAUGACCAGGGUGGGAAGCCCCUGUUCGCACUUGAUUUGUUUUUCCAAAUGCAUCCUACACCCAAUGAGCACAUUUAUGCCAGUGCAAUAAGUGCUUGUGGCAGCCUCGUGGCUUUGGUGGCAGGACAACAAAUUCAUGCCCAAUCAUUGAAGUUUGGAUAUGCUAGCAUCUCAUUUGUUUCUAACUCUCUCAUUUCAAUGUACAUGAAAUGCAGUCAUUGUAGUGAUGCAUUAUUGGUUUAUGCUGAUUCACCAGUACCAGAUCCAGUUGCUUAUAAUGGUCUGAUCAAUGGGUUUAUAGAAAAUCAGCAGCCUGAAAGAGGUUUUGAAGUGUUUAAACUUAUGCAACAACAUGGCUUUGUGCCAGAUCGUUUUACUUUUGUGGGAUUGUUGACAAGUUGUGCUGAUUCAGGAAAAUUGCAUAGAGGAAUGGUCUUGCAUUGCCAGACAAUCAAACUUAAACUUGAUUCCACCCCUUUUAUUGGUAAUUUGAUGAUAACAAUGUACUCAAAGUUCAAUCUGAUACAAGAAGCAGAGAAAAUAUUCAGACAGAUCAAGGAAAAAGAUAUAAUUUCAUGGAACACUUUUAUAGCUGCUUGUUCUCAUUGUGAAGAUCAUGAAAUGAGUUUGAGAGCUUUUAGGGAGAUGUUAAAUGAUCACAGUGUUACACCUGAUGACUUUACCUUUGCUAGUGUCUUUUCUGCCUGUGCUGGGUUUGCUUCUAUGCAUUCUGGAAAGCAGAUUCAUGCUCAUCUAAUCAGAACAGAGUUGAAUCAAGAUGUGGGAGUUGGUAAUGCCCUCAUGAACAUGUAUGCUAAAUGUGGUUCCAUUGAAUAUGCAAACAGUGUAUUCAACAAGAUGAUCCAUCGCAAUCUUGUCUCAUGGAACACCAUCAUUUCUGGAUUUGGAAAUCAUGGGCUUGGAGGCAGAGCACUUGAAAUUUUUGAGCAGAUGAAGGCAAUAGCAUUAAAGCCAGAUUCUAUUACAUUUCUUGGACUUUUGAUGGCUUGCAAUCAUGCAGGUCUGGUUGACAAGGGCCUUAGUUUGUUCAAUUCUAUGGAAGAAAUAUACAGAAUUGCUCCUAAUUUAGAACAUUUCAGUUGUCUUAUUGAUUUGUUGGGGCGAGCUGGGAGAUUGACUGAAGCAGAAGAUUACAUGAAGAAAUUUCCUUUUGGACGAGAUCCAGUAGUUUUAGGGAGCCUGCUUUCUGCAUGCCGACUGCAUGGGGAUACCAUCACAGGCGAACGUUUAGGUAAACAGCUUGUUGAACUUCAACCAGUGACGACUUCACCUUAUGUUCUGUUAUCAAGCUUGUAUGCUUCAGAUGAGGUGUGGAGUUCAGUCGCAGAAGCAUGGAAGAUGUUGAAGGGCAGUGGAUUGAAGAAGGAACCUGGUUGGAGUCUGGUUGAAGUGAAGGGAAGUUUUGAAAAAUUCACAGUAGGGGAUCUUUCUCAUUCAAGGGUUGAAGAGAUAAAGGAGAUACUCAAAAUUAUAACCUCAGAAGUAGGUGAAACUCCAUUAAAUCUUUUGACAACCUCACCUCUUUGAAGUUCCCUUCACCUUCUUUCCCCUUUAAUUUUCAUUUUUGCCUGACUGACUAAAGAAUUAUUGAGCAAAAGAAAUUCAUUGGGAGCUGAGCAGCCUGUUAUACUUGGUUGGCACAAUAGGAUAUUGUGCUUACUACCCUCUGCCAGUCACAAUCAAACAGUUGCCGUUGUAAACCUUCCAUCCCAUAUGGAUGCUUGGUUUGUGGCACUAACUCUGUGGUGAUCAUUUACUGUCUGAAAUAAUGACUAACAAGGAAGAAGUUUUGAAGGAAGAUGCAUUUGAUUGAAAUAAUGCGCAAGUUUGUCAACUUGGUUUUCUUGAACUUAAUCUUUGGGUUGCAAGUUCUGCCUAGCAGGUUUCCUAAUAAUUUUUCUUUGCAUAUGUUUUGUAUUUUCUGUAUUUUACUCCUAUUUUAACAAGUACUGAAAAAUAAUAAUCUGUAUAUUUACUGUUGUCUGUGUGCUAACUUUUUUCUUAAUAAUUUGCUUAUGAAUUCUAUCUUAGUAAAGAAAUUUGUCUCUUUGGUAAAUUUGGUUUAUCAAUUUGAAGUUUGUUAUUAAUAAUAAUCCUUUUUAGGUUCGAUUGGGGGACUAAUUCUCACCCAUCAGAGUAGAAAGUUUUCCAAAACUUGAUAUACCAAACAAAUCUGAGAGAACUUAAAAGAUUUGUAAAUAUGGUUGAGGAACUAAAGUAAGUGACAGAGGAUUUACUUUCUAAAACAAUCAUAGAUGCUCUUCCUGAAAGAGGUAUGAUGCUACUUCUGUAUGUUCUUCUGUAUUCAACAAUGUAUAACGGGGAAUUUUUCUUCUAAAGAAAUUGAGACUUAUGUGACUUUGUAUCAUUGGGAUUUGGGAUAUUAAAUUGCUCCUUGAUGAGUCAAAGUAGAAGUUUUGAUAUCAAUGAUGUCUUAUUGCAGUUUGUUUACUUACAUAUUGUUUAUGAUUAAAAGAAAUAUGUCAUU